AUGGGGCGAAGAGUCGAUGUGAAGGAUCUGAAGACGUAUCAACAGCUGUAUAUUUACUUAAUUCCGAUUAUUAGCAAUCUGGGAUUUAUCAACAUCCUGGUGGUGGUGGUUCGCCUGUACUGGUUUGAGAAGAGGUUGAAGGCAGAAGCCCCAAAUCUUCUCCGGUGGAGGCCGCGGAGAGUCAGCGCGGUGGUAGCAGGCGAGGAAAAGGCUCCGGCGGGUCCAGAGGAAGGUGAUCCCGGUGAUGAUGGGCUCAAGACGACGCCAACAAGGGCGACCAGCACCCAACUUCCCCCUUCCAGCAUCGUUUUUGCCGAUGAUAUAGAAGAGGAUAUCCACGUGGCAAAGACCCGGACGACGGAAACUUCUCGGGGGCUUGACCAGAGCAUCAAGAACAAGCUGUUGCAUGGCGACACUGCACCUCUUGAACACGUUGUUUCCAUGUUUGUUGUCGGUGACCCCUCCAGCCGGGGCCGAAGACAUCAAUCGCAGGCCGCACGAAAAAUAUCCCUCUCACAACAGCUAGACCUACCCGAGCUCUCUUCACAGGCGACCCUCGGUCAGAAUUCACAAUUCCACAACUUGACUGCUGAGGACCGAGAAAUAUUAGGUGGUAUUGAAUACCGCAGCCUUAAGUUACUCCUAAAGAUUGUCACAGGUUAUUUCUUCGGGCUCCAUAUCUUUGGCGCAAUUUGCCUCGUCGGCUGGAUUCAGCAUGCAAACCCAAAAUAUCGACAGUACCUGGAGGAGUGUGGGCAGGGAAGUGUUUGGUGGGGGUUUUACUCCGCGCAAACGAUGGUAGACAAUCUUGGGUUUACUCUCACACCAGACUCCAUGAUCUCAUUCCAAGAUGCAACAUUCCCUAUGCUACUUAUGAGUUUUCUUGCUUUUGCUGGAAACACAUGCUAUCCAUGCUUCCUUCGGCUGGUUAUCUGGGUUAUAUCUAAAGUUGUGCCACGGACUUCGUCACUUGGAGAACCUCUUAACUUCCUGCUAAAACAUCCUCGCCGCUGCUACACGCUUCUUUUCCCCAGUGGGCCAACGUGGGCCCUCUUUGGGAUCCUAUUUGCUAUGAACUUUAUUGAUGUUAUCUUGAUUAUAGUUCUAGAUCUCGAUAAUUCGGCAGUCAAUAACCUCGCCCCUGGACCACGCAUUUUGGCUGCUAUUUUCCAGGCGGCAUCUUCUCGACAUACUGGGACCUCAACGUUCAACCUGGCGGAUGUCAACCCAGCUGUCCAAUUUAGCUUGGUGGUUAUGAUGUACAUUGCCAUUUUCCCUAUCGCCAUUAGCAUUCGAGCAUCAAACACGUAUGAAGAGAAGGCUCUAGGAAAAUAUCCUAUGGAAGACGAGGGCGAUGAAAAUAAUAGCAGAUCGUAUAUUUUAACUCACAUCCGCAACCAACUCACGUUUGAUCUGUGGUAUAUCUUUCUAGGAGCAUUCUGCAUUUGUAUCGCAGAAGCAGACAGGAUUAUGAAUGUUACCGAUCCGGCCUUUUCUGUGUUUUCGGUGCUUUUCGAGGUAACAUCGGCGUAUGGUAAUGUUGGCCUCAGUCUUGGGUAUCCGACAGUGAUGACAUCGCUGAGCGGUGAGUUUACUACAUUCAGCAAAGUUGUGAUAUGCGCAAUGAUGAUACGGGGACGCCAUCGAGGAUUACCUUACCAGCUUGACCGUGCUAUUUUACUUCCCAACGAACGCCUGGCGGAGGAUAGUGUCAAAGGCGAAAAUUUGCAACUUCGGCAAUUACCGAAGUUUAGCCGCUAUCAUACCAGUUAA